UAAAAUUGCAGCAAAAAUUCCUGAUGUUCCACAGUACAAAGUAUUAGAAUUUUGUAUUAUUGAUUGUCAACCUCUUAAGGAUUCUGCUAUUGCAUGUGGAGAAAAAUGGAAAAAUAAUUUGGGUGACAUUCUAUCGGAAAUUUCUUGUUCAAACUUAGACAAUGCCUAUCAUUUAAUCGAACUUGUGGAUGCAAAUCAAGUGAUCAACUCAAAAAUUUAGAUGAUCGCUGGAAGGCACUUAACAAGGACUUUACAAAUUACUAUGAAAAAUUACAAAAAGUUCAGGCCUUUCAUCUUAGAAGAUUUCUAGAGUACCACAAAGAGCUUGAGAAUCAAAUAAAGAUUCUUGAGAAUGAAAUGAACCUAAAAGGUCCUUUUCAUAUGGAUUGCAAUUAUGAGGAUGCUAUGGAUCAUAUAUCAUCUUAUAUUAAAACUUUGCAUUACCUUCAGGAGCGUGAACAUCAAAUGAAGCAUGAUGCCCCAUUUUUCAAUAUUGAUUUAAAGCCAUUGGACACCUUGGAAAUUGUAGAGAUUGAAAUUGAGUGUCUGAAAACCUCAUGGUUGUAUGUAACACAAUAUCAGAACUUUCUCAAUGACUGGACAGAUAUCACUAUAAUGAAUUUCAAUGUCAUGGAAAAACAGAAAUGCACUGAUGAGCUUCAAGCCGAUAUAAAUGUUUUGAGGGCAGAAAAGGGAUUCCAUUACAAGCUUCUAGACGAGUUGUCUUUAUGCUUAAAUGAUUUAAAUGAUUGUUAUAAAGUAGUUACAGAUUUUCAAGAGCCUACUUUCCAAGCCAGACAUUGGAACAUGCUGAGAAAUAUUUUGAAUUUAGAUCUUGAUGAUUGUGAAAAAUUCUUUAAAAGUCAGAAAUUUACUUUCCAAUUUUUAAGAAAUUUUGAUUUAUCUAGCAUAUCUUAUGAAGUAAACAUGAUUACUCUUCGUGCUAGAAAAGAACAUGAAAUAGAGCAGACUUUAAAUUUUGCAAGAAAGACAUGGGAAAAUAUAUAUUUCUCUUUAAAUUUAUACGGCAAUAAUUACAAACUUGAUGAUAGUGGUGAUAUUGUAGAUAUUGUUGAAAAUCAAUUGACAACACUUGGAGUAUUGAAAACCUCAAAGUAUGUUUUGUACUUUUCUGAUCAAGUGGAUGAUCUGGACAAUUCUUUGAGGUUAAUCUUAGAUUCUAUUGAAUUAAUGGAAUCCUUCCAAAAAAGAUUUUUUCCUUUGGAGGUUAUAUUCUCAGUUCAAGUUGGUCAAGCAGAACUCUCUAAAGAGUCUCCUCAAUUCCAAGAAGUCAUCACUUUGUGGGCAGAUGUGUCAAAUGUUAUAAAAUCUGUUAAACUGGCAUGGCAAACUUGUCAUGAAGAAGGUUUUGUUGACAGAUUGUAUGAACUGAACAGAAAGAUUGAAGACAUUCAACAAUCAUUGAACUUUUAUUUAGACUCAAAGCGUCGUGUCUUUCCUCGUUUUUACUUUAUUUCAAAUGAUGAUUUGCUUACUAUCAUUGGUCUACAAAAAUCUACUGCUAUUCAACCCUAUCUCAAGAAGUUAUUUGACAGCUUGCAUAGAUUAGAAAUAAUGGAAAAAACGGAAGAAAAAAUGAGGGAGAAAAUAGUCACAAAUCAAGCAUUAGGAAUGUAUUCCUCAUGCAAUGAAAGUGUUCAGUUUUCAAAUCCUAUAAACUUGGAAGGUCCUGUUGAAUCAUGGUUAUUAGAGAUUGAAAAAAUGAUGCACUCAGCACUUAAAACAUCUUUAUCAAAAUGUCUUCAAGCUCUCUCGACAGCUUUAUCUAAAGAAGAAUAUGAUUUUGGUACAUCAAAAUGGUUGACUAAGUUUCCUGGACAAGUAUGUCUCCUCGCUAUAAUGAUUCAGUGGACUGCAGAAGUUACCCAAGGUAUAAAAACGGUUCAAGAAACAGCUGUGACUUCAGCUUUGAAAGCGCUAAAGAAAAAAUGGAGAAAUAUUUUGUAUCAGCUAUCCAAGAGACUGAGAAAACCAGAAACUAAGCCUUUGCUUCAAAAGAAAAUAAUGAAUCUUAUAUUGAGUAUUGUUCACUCUUGUGAUGUUAUAGAAUCCCUGAUGAAGUACGUGUGUAAUAAUGUAGCAGCUUUUGAAUGGAUCGUUCACCUACGAUUCUAUAUGAACUAUGAUAAAAACACUUGCAUGAUUAGACAAACAAAUUCUACUUUUAGUUAUGGUUUUGAAUAUCUUGGAAAUACUGAUAGACUUGUAAUCACUCCCAAUACAGACAGAUGUUUUCUUUCUAUUACUACGGCUCUAAAUCUGCAUCAAGGAGCAUUUUUGAAAGGUUGCAAAAACUCUGGAAAGACAGAAACUUUAAAGGAGGUUGGAAAAGCUUUUGGAAAUUAUGUGCUUAUUAUGAACUGCUCUGAAAAUAUGACUCAUUUCUCUUUAAUGCGCAUGCUGUCUGGUCUAGCUCAGAUUGGUGCGUGGGGAUUAUUUGAAAGAUUUAAUUUGUUGAAAACUGAAAUCAUAUCUGUUUUAUCUCAAGAAGUGAGCAGUAUUUUCAACUCUCAAGCAAGAAAAGAAAGCUAUUUUUCUUUUAUGGGCAAUAAAACUCCUCUUAAUAACAGAUGUGGUAUUUUUCUUUCAUUUGAUUCUGGCUCCAAUUUUAGUAUACCAUUUGGCCUGUCUGAUGUAUUCAGACCUGCUUCAAUUAUAUCUCCUGACUGCAAGCUUAUAAUUGAAGUUUAUCUGUUUUCUUAUGGCUUUCAAGAAGCAAAGGCUUUAGCUGCUGAUGUUGAUUUGGUGUUCAAGAAAAUGAGGGAACAAUUAUCUAGGAAGCUUCAUUACUCAUUUGGACUUCGUGCCAUCAUGCACUUCUUAAAAUAUCUGAAAGAAAAGAAAAAACUUGAUUCACAUUUAUCAGAGGAUGAGUUUAUAGUGUCUUCUUUGCGAGAAACAACAGUUCAGAUACUCGAUUCUUUUGACAUUCCCAUCUUUGAAAGCAUAUUGGAAAUAGUUUUUGGUUUUUUUAAAUCAGAUCACGACAGUAAAUUAGAACUUUGCAAUGAUAUAAAGAAAGUUUUAGAAGAAAAUUUUCUUCAACCAGAUUCAUCGACUAUUGAAACAAUUAAAUACCUGUAUGAAUUAAGAAAAUAUUAUCACUCUAUCAUUUUGCUUGGAGAAAGUGGUAGUGGUAAAACAACUACCUGGAAAAUGUUAAAAGAGCUUGAGGCUCAGUAUAACCGAACUGAGGAUUCCAAACUUUCUGCAGUUCAUAGUUUUAUUUUUAAUGCCAAAGCUUUCACUCUAAAAGAGCUUUUUGGUUUCUUCCCGGAAAAUGAAAUUUGGUCAGAUGGUUUAUUUUCUGCCACUUUGAGAAAGGCUUGCCUAAACGAAAGGGCGAAAGAGAGCUGGCUAAUACUUAAUGGACCUCUUGACAAAGAAUGGAUCGGCAAUAUAAGCUCAUUACUAGAUGCGAAUAAAGUGUUUACUUUAGCUAAUGGAGAACGAAUAGUUUUAGCUAACAUGGUCACUUUAAUCUUUGAAACUACAAAUAUUUUGCAUUGUUCACCAAGUAUUCUUUCUUGCAUGGGUAUUGUGUAUCAUAAAUCAAGCAACGUAGUAUGGAAGAAUUUUUUGUUUUCAUGGAUUCAUAAGUGUGAAAAUGAAAACUUAAUUCCUGUUGUCAAGAAACUAAUAGAAGAAUACAUGGAAAACAUUUUGGAAUUCGCUUUUGAUUCUUUAAGAAGUUUGAAGUCUCUGUCAAUAACUAAAUUGAAUUGUGUGUCCUCUUUCUCCUGUUUAAUGGACAUCUAUGUCAAAAAUGUAUCUCCGCAGAAGGUUGAUUCAACCAUCAUUUCAAGAAUAUUUUGGCUGUCAAUAAUCUGGUCAAUUGGUGCUGCCAUUAGUGAAGAUGAGAAAAAUGAAUUUGAUGCUUUCAUCAAAAGCUUAAAUGAUUCAUUAAAUGCUUUAGAAAGCGUUUAUAACUAUCAUUUAGAUGCCAACUUUGAAUGGAUCAAAUGGAGUUCAUAUUUGCCUGAAAAAUGGCAACCCCCAAUGAAUUCUCCAUUUGAAAAUUGGUUCAUUCCAACUGCUAGAUGUAUAAGUUAUCAGCACUUUAUACUUCAGUUUACAAACACACUUCAUCCAGUUCUUUUGAUUGGCAAUAGUAGAUGUGGUAAGACAGCUUUAGUAGAAGAUUUAUUUUCAGUUCUGGAUCGUGAUACCUACACUCACAAUAUUGUCAACAUCUUACCACAGAUUUCAUCCAAUAAGUUUCAAACAGUAAUUGAAAGCCAGUUGGAAAAAAAGGCUGGUGGCAUAAUGUUACCCCAUUUUAAGAGGAAACUAAUUAACUUUUUGGAUAACAUUGACAACAUUAUCUGUGAUGAAUCUGGAAGUCAACCACCUUUAGAAUUACUAUUGAUGGCUAUUGAUUGUGGAUUUUGGUAUGACCGUAAAACAUGGACGAAAAAUUGCUUACGAAAUGUUUCAUAUGUGGCUUCAUCUUCAUCAUUUGGAUCAGCAAAUAAAAUUCCAGAUCCACUACUAAACCGUUUCUGUGUCUUCAAUGUUCCAGAACUAAAAGAUGAAAUGAAGAAUAUAUUCCUCACGUUGAUGAAACAAAAAAUUCCUAGUGUCUCUUUGGAAACUCAAAGGCUACUAAACUCUUUAAGUUCUGGCACUGUGAAAGCUUAUGAAUUGAUAAGAGAAAAUUUUCUCCCUACUCCUACAAAAUUGCACUAUUUAUUUCAUCUGAGAAGUGUCAAAAAAGUACUGUUUAAUCUACUGAACAUAAAUACUGAAUAUUUGGAUAAUCGAAUCAGCAUAACAAAGUUCUGGUUUCACGAGUUUACUCGAGAGUUCUCCGAUCUUCUAAUUAAUGAUGAUGACCGCUUGCUGAUGUUCCGUGUUCUUGCUGGUGUAGUGGAGAAAGAAUUUUUAAUUCCUGUGGCUCGUGUUUGUGCUGAAAAUGAACCAGUGUUUGUGAAAUUUCUAACUCCUGAUACUGGUUAUAAUGAAAUUCAAGAUAUUAGUAUUUUACAAAAACUGCUAGAAACUUACAUUGAAUCAUACAAGCAUAAAAAAUUAAAGGAUUUACAGAUUGUUCUUUUCAAACAAUACUUAGAUCAUUUUGUUCGUAUUUUAAGAGCUAUUGAAAACCCUCAUGGAAAUGUGAUUCUUUUGGGAGCUAGUGGCACUGGUCGAAGAACAUUGUGCAAAAUAGGAGCAUUUGUUUUAAAUUACGAAGUGUUUGAAAUAACAUUUGAUGAAGACUUUGAUGAGCAAAGUUUCAAAGAAGCUCUUCAGAAACUUUUGCGUCAAAUUGGUAUUAAUGGAAAGGAUGUUUUAUUCAUAAUCUCAGAUUAUCAGAUCAGUGAUGAUUUUUAUCUAGAGUUUUUGAGUGAUAUAGUUGCAAUUGGUGUUCCACCAGAUUUAUUUUCAUCUUUAGAAUUGAAAGAGAUAUAUAGUGAAAUGGAAAAAAGUAUGAUAGUCCCUAAGGGAGGAAAUGACUUUUUUAAACACUUUGCAAGUAAUAUAAAGUCUCACUUUCAUUUAGCUUUUUGUGUAAGCUAUACAUCUUCACAUUAUAAAAGAUCUAUUUUAAAGUACCCUGAUUUGUAUAAGCAUUCUACCGUUGAUUGGUUUGAGGAAUGGCCAGUUGAGGCUUUAGAAACUAUUUCCGAAAAAUUUCUUCUUGACCUUCAAGAACCACCAAUUGAUCAAAAGGUUUUGCAAACAUAUUCUGUAAUACUGUGUGAUAUGCAUCUUGACACCUUAAGAUUAGCUGAAACUGAGAAAUCUGAAAAUAAUGUAUUUGAAACGUCAAGCAGUUUUGUCAAACUUGUGAAUGCCUUCAAAAGAUUACUUGUGAAUAAACAAGAAAAAGUUCAGUACUCUUUGAAUAGACUGAUAUCUGGGCUUCAAAAAAUUAAUGAGACUCAAGAUAAAGUGAAUGAAAUAGCUAAACAAACAAAAGAGGCUCAUGAAAAGCUAGUUAUAGCUACUAGGGAAUGUGAUGCAGCCCUUAUUGAUAUUAAAGCCAAACGAGAAAUUGUAGAACAAAAACAAAAGAUUAUAGAAGAGAAAAAGAUUGAGAUCGAAAGGAAAGAAAAAGUGUGCAAAAAAAUUGAACUUGCUGCUCAAGAAGAUCUAAAUGCUGCUCUGCCAGCUUUAGAAGAAGCCAGAAAGGCAUUAGAAGCAUUGAAUAAACGAGAUAUUGGAGAAAUUAAAAGCUAUGCAAAACCUCCAGAACUUGUAGCAUUAGUUUUGCAAGCAGUAAUGAUUUUGCGAGAUUCUGAGCCUUCUUGGGCAGAAGCUAAACGGCAAUUAGGUAGCCCUAAUUUUUUGAAACAGUUAAUGGAAUUUGACAGGGAUAAUAUACCAGAUGAUGCUUUAGAUGAUUUGGAAAAAAUUAUCAAAAAGAAAGAAUUUAAACCUGAAAAAGUAGGAAAAGUAUCAUUUGCUGCAAAAUCUUUAUGUCUUUGGGUAAAGGCUAUGUAUAUGUAUGGCAGAAUAUAUAAGAAAGUAAAACCCAAAGUUGAAAGACUAAGACUUGUACAAGAAGAACUGUCUAAACUACAAAAAACACUGUCUGAUUUGUUUGCUGAGCUUAAUGCACUUCAUGAAGCCAUUGCACAGUUAGAACAUGAGCAUGAUUUGCUGAUGAAAACAAAGGAAGAAUAUGCACGCAAAGAAAAAGAACUUGCUUUAAAGUUGGCGAGAGCUGAAAGCAUCAUGGAAAGUUUACGUUCUGAAAAGGAAAGGUGGCAGUUGAAAGUUGCUACACUACAGGAGAAAAAAGACUAUGUUAUUGGGGAUAGUUUUCUUGCAUCUGGAUAUCUGACAUACCUUGGACCCUAUGAUCAGUAUUUUCGUUCUAACAUAAGUACAAAAUGGAAAACAAAAAUAUCAUCAAAGUUUGCUUUUAAUCAAGAAUUCAGCUUAGCAGAAUUUUUUGUUGAAGAGGAUGUAUUAAAUGAUUGGAUAAUGUGUGGGCUUCCUAGUGACCAAUAUUCCUUUGAGGGGGCAGCCAUUGUUAAUGAAAAUUUAUGCUGGUCUUUUUUAGUUGAUCCUGAAGGGCAUGCUGCCAAGUGGAUUAAAAAUUUAUCUGUAAAAAAUAAACUGAAAUAUAUUGAUUAUCAAGAUCCAAAAUAUUUAUCACUAUUGGAACUGGCUAUAUCAGAAGGAUUUCCAGUUUUAAUAGAAAAUAUGAACCCUAAACUAAAUUUGAUCAUUAAUUCUCUUUUGAAACUGUCAAAGAAUCAAAACAUCUGUUUUAAUGGAAAGGAAAUGAAGAUGAAUCCUAACUUUCGUUUAUUUAUGUCAACUAAAUUAUCCAAUCCUGAUUUCUCUUCUUUUGCCAUUAAAGAACUCUUUAUUGUGAAUUUUACUAUAAAACAAAAAGGUCUAGAAGAUCAACUCUUGCCAAUAAUUGUUAGAAAUGAGCGGCCAGAUUUAGAACUCAUUAAGGAAAAGCUCGUAAAAGGCAUUAUCGACUGCAAGAAGCGCUUUACUGCUGUUGAAGAUAAAAUUCUUAAAUUAUUAAGCAAAGCAGAAGGCUCUUUGUUAGAAGAUGAAGUGUUGGUUCAUGCUCUCCAAGAAUGUAAGUCUGAAUCAAAUGAAGUUGAAAUGGAAUUAACAUCAAACCAAAAAACUGAAGUUCGAAUUGAUCAGGCUAGAGAUGAAUACAGACCAUGUGCAAAAUUGGCAUCAAUUUUGUAUUUUGUGCUUGCUGAUAUGAAUAAAGUCAAUUUAAUUUAUAUGUUUGCUUUGGAUUCAUACCUUGAUUUGUUUCUGAACUCAAUACAAAAAUCACAGAAAGAUCCCGAGGUUUCGGGCAGAAUCAAGAAAGUAAAUCUUUUUCACCAGUAUUCUGUUUAUAGAUAUGCUUGUAGGUGUGUUCUUAAUAAACAUGCUCUGCUCUUUUUGUUCCACAUGUGUACACAGAUUCUGUUGGCUGAUCAUAAACUUGGCAUUGAUGAGUAUGAGUUUUUUAUCCAUGGAGGAAAGGAAAGUGGUGAAAAAAAUAAACUCAUGAAUCCAUGCUCUCACUGGUUGUCUGAAGAGAGCUGGAACCAAAUUAUUCAGCUGGAAUUGUUACCAAAAUUUCUUGGUAUAACGGUAUCAUUUGAUGAAGCUCCAAAAUUAUGGUAUGAAUGGUACUCUUCCCAAGAACCAGAAAAUAAAUUACUUCCAGGAAACUGGAGAAAUAUCUGCUCUGAAUUUGAGAAACUUCUUCUUAUUCGAUGUCUACGUCCUGAUAGAAUAAUAAAUUGUAUAAGCAAUUUAAUUGCCAAUAAUCUUGGCCGAAACUUUCUUGCUUACCCUGAAAUAGAUAUAAGGGAAAUAUUUGAAGAAUCUUCUGCUAAAAAACCUCUUAUCUUAUUUACUGUUUCAUCAGAUGCUCAUGCUGAACAGAUUAUUUCAAACCAUGCUCAUGAACGUAACACUAAAUACCGUGUGUUAUCUCUGGCAGAAAGACAGGGUAAUUUGGCCUCACAAUUGAUAGUAGACUCCAUCAAAGUGGGAGACUGGGCCUUCAUUUCAAAUGCUCAUCUAUUACAACCAUGGUUACCAACAUUAGAAAAAAUUGUUAGUAUACUCCAAACAGUUAAAGCCCAUCCAAAUUUUCGCUUGUGGCUUUCGUCAUCUCCAAUAGAUUCAUUUCCUUCUUCUAUUCUACUAAAUAGUAUCGUAUUAUCAUUGGAUUCUCCAAAGGGUAUCCAAGCUAAUAUGUUAGAUUUAUAUCACAAGUAUGGAUCAAAUGCAGGCAGUGAUUUCACUUCACUGGAAUUAAGGUUCAAAAGCUUGCUGUACUCUUUGGGCUUUUUUCACUCAAUUCUUCUAUGCAGGAAACGUUUUCAAAACCUCGGUUGGAAUGGCACUUAUGAGUUUUCAUAUUCUGAUUUUAAAGUAUCAUCAGAUUUGUUACAGUUGUAUUUAGAAGAAUACAGAGAAGAUCCUUGGGAUGCUUUGCAGGAAAUGAUAGCCGAAAUCAUUUAUGGAGGCCAUUUCACAAAUAGACGAGAUAAAGAACUCAUGCUUGACUAUUACAACCAAUAUAUUAGUGAUGAUGUUUCUGAAAAAUAUAUAUUGGCACCAGUGGAAAAUUAUGCUGUUCCAGAUGAUGGCCCAAUUCAGUUAUAUUUAGAGUCAAUAAGAAAACUACCUACUAGGGAUGUACCUGAAGUUUUUGGGCAGCACAAAAAUGCAGAAAUACCAUGCCAAAUGUAUGAUUCAGAAAGACUGCUGAAAGACAUGGAGAAAAUAAGAAGACAGAAAAUUCUCGAAGUAAACAUUAAGCCCGAGGUAUUGUUUAUCAUUACAAAAAUUAAAGAAGAAAUUCCUGAUUUUCUAAAUAUUAAUGCUGCUAUGAAAUUGCUAAAAAGGAAACCUGAGCCGUACACUUACGUUUUAAUCCAGGAAGUACGACAAUACAACUCCUUAUUAAAAGUGGUUUCUGAGUCAUUACAAAAUUUAAAGGAUGUAAUAAUAGGUAAACAAAUGAUGACUGAAGCAUUCUAUGCACAAGUUCUAUCAAUUCAACGAAUGGAAGUACCAUCUGAAUGGAUGAAGAUAUACCCAUCUUUAAAACCACUUGAAAGUUGGAUUGCAGAUUUAAGAGAAAGAAUAAAGUUUUUUGCCAACUGGAUAUCAGCAAAAAAUCUUCCUGUAAAAGUAUGGUUACCAGCAUUUACAAAUCCUGUAAGCUUCCUUAAUGCAGCAUUGUUAACAGCCGCAAAAAAUUCUGAUAUGAUGAUUAAGGAUUUAAUGUGGGAACACCAAGUUUCUACCCUUGAUGAAAAAUACAUCUUUGAAGCUCCCCAAGAAGGAAUUUACAUAAGAGGAUUAUAUUUAGAAGGAGCAGGAUGGGAUAGGACAAACAGUCUUUUGACUGAUCCAGAACCUUUAAAAUUGAUCACAUCUUUGCCAGUAGUUCAUUUUAAACCAGUUAUAGAGUCUUCCAUUCGUGGUAUUUAUAAUUGUCCUUGUUACUAUACAUCCAAACGAACAGAUGAGGAAGGCAAUUCUUUGGAGCUUUUUAGUAUAGACUUGAAAACAAAAAAAGGCAAAGGGCAUUGGAGAAAGCGUGGUGCUUGUUUGUUACUGUGUGAUAGUACAUAGUUAUUUGAUAUGUGCUAAUAACAAAACAUAUUAACGAAUAUUAAAUACUGUUUGUAUUUAGACAUGCAAAUUAUGAAUUUCUCUCAUAUUUGUUUUACACAUAUCUGAUGUCUAAAUUUUUAAAAUAUAUUUGCAUUGUCUUCAUUAAUAAAAUUUGAAAGAAA